GAAAGAAUACGUAGUAGAAGUACUUCUACAAAAUAUCUCUUUUCAAAAGUGCUAGGUUUGAACCCUGGCUCGACCAUUACCAAGACAAACACCAAGCAACAACCCACGAUGACGAGACUAUCCCCUCGCUGCGGCGUGCUGGUUCUCUUCGGAUGCAUCGCUGCCUGCUCCUCGUUCGGAGUCGACAGAAGGCCACUGCCGAUGAUUCCAGCUCCGGAGACGGCCGGGGACUCCCCGCCCCCGAUCCGCCUUCCGGAGGCGGCGGUUGGGGCCCUGCGCGCCGCGGCCCUUUCCGUUUCCGUGGUGGUGGCCACACUGGCGCUGCCCCCUUCCGAGGAGGCGCACGCCGCCGUCCCCACGCUCGACGAGGCGAUCGUCGAGCUCAGCGAGGCCUCCUAUCCGAUCCUGAGGUCCCUCGACGCGGCCAAUUUCCAGGCCUUUAGCACGAGGAUUGGGGACCUUUUGCUCGAGAUCAACCCCGACCGGGUGGGAAGGGCCAUCGACCUCGGCAUCGACGUCCUGGACUCGGCACCGGCCGAGAAGGUCGCGGAGUUUGGGGCCUCGCUCACCGCGGUCUACGGCGACCUCAGCACCGACACGUGCAGGCUCGUCCCGCUGCCGCCCUCGGCGGUUGCGGGCCGGUUCGCUGCCCUCGCUGCCGACAAGGUGGACGCGGGCAAGCUCGAGGCCUUUAAGGAGAAGUGGAAGCCCCCGGUGGCGGCCCUCAAGAUCACCGCCGACGACCGGAUCUGCCUGCCGCCCACCCGGGCGGCCCUCGACAAGCUGGCGCUGGCGCAGGCCGACCUGGGCCGGAGCUUCGGCCGGGCCGAGGCAAGGGCCUUUGUCUCGCACACGGGCCCGAUGCUGCAGACGGGGAUUCCCCAGAAAAAGGCCCUGUCGCUCGUAGAAGACGCCAAAACACUGGCGCCGACGGCGACGCCCCAGGCCAAGAAGGACUUUGCGGCGGCGGGGAAAAAGGCCGAAACCGCGUCCAAGCUCGAGAUCGCCAGGAACAAGGUCGCGGAACAGAAGGCGAAGCAGGCGGCAAGCAGGGCGGCACUUGCCAGCGGGUCGUAACCCGAUUCCUUGGUCCGACGGAUUCCCGGGACCCCGCCGGCGGAACCGAUCGAUGCGGCGAAACAAGAGAUUCGAACUCGCACUCGGCAAGGGGUUUGGUGUUUGGUUCCAGCUUUCGAUGCUAGUGUUACAAUCUUGUGCCAUGUACAAAUCGCGCACUGGUUUGUCGAGCAGAAUCUCCUCGCAAUAGCUGGGGCUGCUACAGCCAAUAGUCCGAUACCGGUACAAGUGGUGAGAGCGUCUAUAAGCAGGGUGGAAUCGUGAGAGUCUGAAUCCCCAUCGCUUUCAGUGCCUUUUGCCGAAUUGGUCGAAACUAGUGUAAUAGCGUUGAUAUUGCAUCACAAGAAACGUACAUCCUUCCGCUUAGACACUGCACUGCACUAUAUUGUAUCUAUCGUCGACACUUGCGGCAUCCCGAUUGCAUUUUGUGUAAUAUCAAAGACUUCCAGUUUGUAGGACAGGUCCGAGAAGGGAUCGCUGCCAAUGUUGGCGGCAAAGAAAUUGCAGGUGCCAAAGAUGGCGUCGUAUGCGAUGCCUGCUGCACAUUGGUCGUUGUUGGCAUUGGCCAGGGCAAUAGCCGUCUUGGGUCACCAGUGCGGGCACGAAUCGGUUUCGGAGAAUUUCCCCACCCGAGAGAACUCGGGGUGGCCCUCCGCGUCGACACCAUCGUCGUUGAUUCGGAUCCGCAUGCCCCUACCGGUGCAGCAUAGUUCGUUCGAAGUUCGAAACAGGAACGACAGUUAUCAUGUCAAUGGCCCACCGGUUGGCAAGCUACAAAGGAUCGGAUGUCGUCGUCGACGACAGUUCUGGCCCGUUGCAGAUGGGGGUUGAGAUUGAAGACUGGCGACUCUAUUGCCAAUGGUUUUGUUGUUACAUUGGCCCAAAGGAAGUUGAGGUUGGGAUUGACGGUCAGCCACAUGAAUGCCAUACAAAGACACUCUUGACAAAAGUGGAGGCUUUCCAUCCAUUGCAGAAAAGAUUUUAAUUGCUGGAGCAUUUGUUUGAUUGAUGAGGUCUGCCAGCCCAGAGGUGGUGUUAUCUAAGCAAGUGGUAUUUUGCUCUAAUUGCUUCAACAUAACUAUCAAUAUCUUCCCUAGAAGGCAUUGUGACCAUGGCACUUGGUUCAUUUGGAGUACAUACAGCAGGACCUUCCUACUAUUAGAGAACUUCAACCACUCUAACAUAAAAGUUUGGGUUAGUCCAAAUGCCAAUGAAGCUCCCCACACAACAGAGCCUCCUGUCCUUAAAAAAUGUCUUUAUUAUGUUUAACCCUGUGAACUAGAAGAGGCACUAUAUGGCCACCAGAACCAUUGCUGCUCCUGACUAGGGAGUAUCAUUAGCUGCUCCGGGGGGCAGUGCCUCCUUCCAAUGAGGGGUUGUGGAGGAGCAACUAUGUUCAAUACAUACUGACAAGCCAUUGAAGGCAGGAGGUCUCUGGACUUAUGAUACAGAGAAUAUGAUACAGAGAAGGAGUUGGUUCACAGUGUAGAUGGAUGAGAGCCAUGUCAUGAUCAUUUCAAAGUGCCCUGUCAAACCAGAAGGCAGGUCUCUCCGCAGUGAUAAGAGGAAGCACACUGUCAAGCCAAUUAAGAAGCCAAGAUCUCCCACCGUGUACAGAGACACAGCUGGCAAAGUAGUUAUUUAAAAAAUAAAAGUAAGUAAAUGCCAAAAGAAAAAGAACACUUAACAAACUGACUCAGUCUUGGGCCCAAACAUAUAGGUAAUGGUUGCACGCCGGAGUAUAUUUCAUGGAGGAAGAAGUGCCAAUAGUGGCAGUAUACAUUGUUGUAGGAGCAACUAUUGGUGAAGCCCCUUCUUCUUGGAGGAGAGGGGAACUGGGGAUCUAGAAUGCGGUUUGGGUGGGUGCUGUUGCCAUCAAACACAACAAAUGCUGGAAACAUAAAUAUCUUGACUAGAAGCCUUCUCUCCUUGUUGUCCUCUUCUUCAUCAUCAUCCACCAUCAUGACGUACCAGGCCAAGAUCACUGUCUCAAGUAUCAGAGAAAAGUGUUGGUGUUAUGCUGGCACCAACUUCGUGCAAAUGACUGUACUGUAGUAUGAAAAGAAAAGUAGUAAUUAAACAAAUACUUUUAUCAUAUUACCAGUCCAUUGAAAAUGAAAUGCAUAAACAAUAAAAAGCCUACCACACCCUACAGGGCAAAAAGGCAUUCUUCUCAAACACCAAAAAUUAUUACUAGUAGUACUAGUAAAACCUUGGUUAAUUUUUAAUCCAACCAGUGUUUAGUACUGUAUCCUCCUCCUACUACUAGUAGUACGUAGAUCUAGUACUAGUUUUUGGUCACUUUUUUACUGCAUUAGAAGAACUGCUCUGGUACAGCCUGAAAGCUGCUGUUUUUUUGCGGAAAAGCUUCCUAAAAAUGUUGGGAAUAGUGCCCUAGCAGGCCAUGGGGGGGUCAAUUCUCCAUCAACAGCACCCUGCAAGUAUGGCCAACAAAGGCCAGUUGAGACCAGCUCCUGGUUAGAAAAUAGAUCAGAACUCUAUCAAAAAAUAACUCUAGACCACCAGACUAAGUGCCCAGUCCAACUUUAUAUAAUUAAUUAAAAGAUACAUGUCAUUGGGAAGCCAAAUCAUGCUCUAGCAGCUUAGUAGAACUACUAGUCAGCCCAAGUUACAGUGGUGAGAGGCCAAAAAUUGUUAAUUCUAGGAGUAGCUUUUUAUCGAAUUAACUCCAACAAUGAAUACAUACGGUAAGGUACUACUACAAGAACUGUGAGGAUAUAGCUGGAUCACAAGUAGCUUGUGAAUAACCUCACUCAUUAUUGUAAACACGUAGUAGUUAUAUGGCACUAAAGAGCAAACGUACAUUUCACAGGUUAUGAGCAACAAAUGGCUUACUUUGCUUCAUACCUCCAUCAUCAACGACAAAGCCAUCUAUAUGAGUAGUAUGGUUUACUUCUCUUCCUGCUGCCACGGAGCUCAUGACCCACAACUAGUCUCAUCAAUCUUUGGAGCAGCGCAAGCAAGUUUUCGGAUAUUUUCGUAGAAAAAUAUCUUCGGCAACAGUACUAAACCACGUAGGAUUCUACGGUAUCUUUGUUGUCGCCAAUUCAGAACACUUUUGACACCAGAAGCAUCUGCUGCAUCUACUGUCGCUCGGAACAUCCAACAGCCAACCAGUCUUUUUGCGGUUUUGACUUUCGAGUAAUGACCAAAAGACGAUAGGGGAAUGCAGAAGCAAUGAUGUCAAUAGUAGCAGUGGUCUCGACUAGCGACUCUGUGGACGAAUACGACGAAUACAAUGACGAUCACCAUCACUCUCUCUUGCUGUAUUGUCUCGCCACCAUUCCGAUUCUCGCGUUAAUGAUCGUCCUUCCCAACACGUGCUAUUUGGCGCUGCAGCCACGCCCUGAUCGGCAGAAAAAAAUCGACUGAUAAAACUAUGAAGAUCGAGAAAUCCUUUUUCAAAGCUUCAUAAACGGUUUCGGCCUGCCUGAAAUCGUCUUAGAUUAUAGCAUCUGCAGCUGGCAAAGUGCCUCAUCGGAAUUAAAAAUAUGUAUGCUGUAAUGAAACCCAAACCGAACUUGAGGAUAUAACUAAAAUGCAGUAGCUUUCAUUAGAAUAAUUUGAGUCGGCACGUUCACUGCCUUGUGUCUGAUUGACGAAGAUAUUGCAAUCUGUGCACAACACUGAAAAAUCACUAUAGAAACGGAGAACAAAAACCCUGAUACAGUCAAAUAGAGUUAAAAAGAGUUUUUAAAAUAAAAAAAGUUUUACAGAUAUGCUUAACAAAUAUUGCGUAUAAGAUAUGAAUCCCUCUCCAUACGGUUGGUAGUUAUGGUGUGUCCAGCCUUACAAGAACAAGGCAGCAACUCCGGCAGCGGCGAAGGCUGCAGUGGUGGCAAGACCACUGGCUCCAGAUACCUCAGUUUCCGUUUCUUCCGACACAUCUCCCAUUUCACUAACGGGUUCCUCAUCAACAGACACUGAGGGCGCAGCAGGUUGGCCAUUUACAAUACAGGAGUUGCUAUCCCAUAGCUUGUUGUAGGCCGAGACGUCGUCUUCAUCUGCCGCUUCAUCAAAGUGGAAGUAAAUAUCAACAGUGUUCUCGAAAAUUCCCUUGGCAUCACGGACGGUCUUCGCGACUGGGUCCGUGGAAAAGUGAUAGUCGUAACAGUGUGACAGACCUGCCAUGGGGUUGAUGUUGUCCCAGGUGGUGUAGGCCUCGUAUUCGCCUUCACAAUCGUUACAGUCUUCGUCAGAGCACUUGAGCCAGUUCUCGUAGAUGGCAUCAUGCUCGCAAGAGACAACGUCGACCAUAGAGUAGGCAACAGUUUUGGAACCAUCCUCGGCCAUGAUAUUGUCGGCAAGACAGAAUUUUCCGAAUUCCAUCUUCUUGAUGCUCAAUACUUCUCCUUCGUAGAGAACGUCUCCUUCGCACGAGCCACUGUACUGUGUGAAAGCGAUGGGCGUCUCGAAAGUAAGGGUUUCUUCGCCGGCGAAGACAGAUCCAGCCAUGGUGGCAAGAGCAAGAGCAGUGGUGGAAAACUUCAUUUUGGUACUUGGUAGGCUGUUAUUACAAUGUGCACCUCGGGGAACAGAAUUCGUUU